AACAAGCAGUGCUAAACGAAUGAAUCGUUCUUCUGCCUUCAAAGAGGAUUAGCGCUCCUUCUGCUUAGCUUAGUUACUUUAAAUUAGGAUAAGGGACGGGACAGGUCUGCAGUUUACAGCAACCAUCUGUCUGCCAAGUGCAUGCUCAAGGAGUGGACGCUCGCUGCUGCUGCUGCUGCUGUAAAUGGAGACAAGUCUGCAGUUAGAUGUUUUGAUAUAUCCAAAUGAAGUGAAGAUUGCUACCCCGGAGGAGCUCAGAGAAUGGGAACUUGAGACUGCGAGUCAGGUGUCUAUACCUACUGUCCGACUCUUUGUAGCACUGUAUCCAUACAACCCUGCUGCCAUGUCGCCCAACUACGAGACAGCUGCUGAAGAGCUGCCGUUUGUACCAGGCCAGAUAAUCAAGGUGUGGGGAGACAAAGACUGUGAUGGCUUUUAUCACGGUGAGUCCGGUGGUCUCUCUGGCUACGUGCCAAGCAACAUGGUGACUGAAAUCCCCGUCGACGACGAGUACCUGAAGCAUCUACUCCUGCAGCAGGGGUUCCUGCCCGUGGAACGCACAGGUAUGUAUACACCAGCUCUGAGCGACACCUCCAGUGUCCCUGAUGAUGCGGUCGUUCGACGCAUGGUGGCCUUAUUCGACUAUGACCCAUGGGAAAGUUCACCCAAUCUGGACAGUGAAGUGAGCACCAAAAUGAACCGUAGUUUAUAGGAAUCAACAACUUUAUACAACCCAGUGCUAUGUUAGUGUUCAGAACUUUAUUUUUUAUUUUUUGUAAUCGUUUUGUGUCUGAAGGUUGAGCUCGGCUUUCGUACGGGCGACAUCAUUUAUAUAAUGGGCGAAAUGGACCCGGAUGGAUUUUUCUAUGUGAGUUCAUCUCUACGAUUACAACACAGCUACUGUCUGCUGCUUCGUUCUGGCUUUGACUUAAAUAUUUUAUGUCCUUUUUAGGGGGACCUGCAUGGACGACGAGGUUUGGUUCCAUCCAACUACCUUGAGCCGUUACCCUGGAAUUAGAAAAAACAUGCCACGCUCGGAUCUUUGCUGCAAAUGCCAAGUCUCAGGCACAUUGAGAGAUCAGAAGGUUUUUCACAAAGUUGUGUCAAAAACAUUUCUAUUUUUAAUCUUAUGAUGUGUUACAGCACUGAAACUGAUUUAUUAAUGCAAUGAGGGUGUUUUACACACACACAAAAAAACUACUUCCUGUUUGAUCUGGAUGCUACACAUUUUAAACGGCUCAUUUUAAAGGAAAUUACAGAUCUUAAAAAUAUAUAGAGAGUUACAAUGAACAUGUAAGACUCAAAUCAAACAAGAUGAACGUAUUAUUAUGAUAUCAUACCUUUUGGAGUGAAUGGAUGCAUUAUUUGUAGCCUUAAUAAUAACUUUGUAGUCUCAGGUUUUUUGCGUGUAUGAAUAUAGUAUGUCCUCUUAUGCCUUAUACUGUGUUUUUAUAUUUUAUAUCCUUGGCAGAUUUUUUGUUCCACAAGGAGUGCUGAGGGGGGAUUUUGUAUGACUAAAAACUCAGAACAAAAACUUUGUACAAAAGAAAUGAUAAAUGUUGAAAUCAUGUAAAAAAAAAUGCACAAAAUCUACAGCAGAAAAUAAACACUUUGUACAAUAACUUCUCA